GAAUCAGUCGGCCAUUUUGUCUGUCUGCAAGCACGGUGUUAGGAUGUCAACAAAUAACCUGGAAAACCGCAAUUCUACUCUCCAGUCUCUGCAAAAUGGACAUGAGACUGAGGAUGAAGAUUAUAUAGAAGAAUACAGCCUUCCUAUAGCUCGACUUUACGGCCGUGACUUCGAGUAUUUAAUGCGGAGAAACCGCGUGAUCAUAGGCCGACACAAUAGCAGCAACGCCGGCGAAGUGGAUAUAAGUAUUGGAAACUCGAGUUUUGUUUCUAGGAAACAUCUAGAGAUAAUUUUUAAAGAGGGAGACUUUUACAUGAUAUGUGGAGGAAAAAACGGGGUUUUUGUCGACGGUGUAUUUCAACGUAGAGGAGCACCUCCGUUCCAACUGCCUAAAACGUAAAAAUAUUCUUUUUAAAAACGAAACGCUAAAUUAUAAUUUAAAUGCGCAAAUUCACUUAUUCUUUAUGAAAGGUAAAACAUAUGGGCGCUAAAGACCCUGUAAAUGUACUGUUCUUAUCUUUAGGAAAAUUACAAAUAAUUCUUUAAUUUUAGUUGGUAAACAAAUAUGUUUACAAGAACUUUUAGCUGUUUCCUUCGAUUUCCGAGUACAACUAUAAAAAUUGCCUUUGAAUCACUACCUUGUAAAUCAGAACAAGUUCGCCAAAUACCUCGAAAUGGGCAUAGAAGUUCGACUAGUCCAACAGGAACAAUCUCGGCAGCGAACUCUUGUCCAUCGUCUCCAAGACCAGGAGUAGUUCAAAAUCCAUUUAACAGUGAGGAGUCCAAAUUGGACGAUGGAAAGCCGCCUUACUCCUAUGCUCAGUUAAUAGUUCAGGCAAUAGCAUCCUCUACGGAUCGUCAAUUAACGUUAGCUGGAAUAUACGCGUACAUUUCUAAAAAUUAUCCCUAUUAUAGAAGUUCCGACAAGGGAUGGCAGAAUUCUAUCAGGCAUAAUUUAUCUUUGAAUAGAUAUUUUGUUAAAGUACCUCGAGCUCAGGAUGAACCAGGGAAAGGUAGCUUUUGGAGAGUUGAUCCAAACUCGGAAGAAAAGCUAUUCGAGCAAUCAUUUAAAAAACGUAGACAACGAGGAGUUCCUUGUUUUAGAACGCCAUAUUCGGCACCUGUAUCUCCUAGUUCUCAAAUGUUUGGGCAGGAUGACUCAUCGAAUGACAUGCCACCCCCUCAACAUGUUUCGGUGCCAUUACAUAAAAAUGUUGGAACUCGGUUGUUAUUAUCACAACCUGGCCGAAUGAUGGUAAAUUCGGAGAACUUGAAACCAGUUACUCUGCAGUUAGAUGGAUCGUCGAAAGCUCCCGUGCUUCUUCAUACAGUAAAUACGAGUCAACAGCCUCACUUAGUCAUGUCCGGAAGUGUGCAGUUAAAGCGCGAAAAUGAAAAUCAGGAUACCCACGAUGCCGUUAAAAGAUUGAAAGCAGAGCAAAACGGUUAG